AUUAAUCCGCAGUGUGUGCGCAGGCUGCAUCGUGCGCGCGCCCCGUUACUCGCGUACGGGCGAUGCUAUUUUAAACCCCAACACUGUCCACUCUGUUCGUCUGCCAGCGUCUCCAACGAGGGCGACGCUGAAAACAACAAAUAACAACAAUAGAAACAGCAACUUUGAGGCAACUUCGAAUUGAGGAGGAUUAAAAUUAAUAGCCACCUCAGAUAAAAACAUACUCACGUCUUUUUUUUUUUUUAGAAAGUGAAUGAGAUGUUUCAGACCAAGGAGCUCAUCAUCUUGGUGUUCCUGUUCCUUGGCAGCGCAGUCUCUCUGCGAGUGGACAUCACACCUGCGCAUGGCGAAAUCAGUGUUGGAGAAUCAAAAUUCUUUCUGUGUGAAGUUAUGGGUGGAGUGAAGGGAAUCGACUGGUUCUCACCAAGCGGCGAGAAGAUUGAAACCAACAGGCAGGAUAUCACGGUGUUCCGGAAUGACGAGACAUCCUCUACCCUCACCAUCUACAAUGCUAACGUCGAUAGUGCUGGCACGUACAAGUGCGUCGGCACCAGCGGCGACCAGCAAGCUGAAGCCACAGUCAACGUGAAGAUUUACCAAAAGAUUACCUUCAAAAAUGCCCCAUCCCUACAAGAGUUUACAGAAGGGGACAGUGCUGUUAUCGUAUGCGAUGUCAUAAGUUCCCCUCCACCCACUGUCAUCUGGAAGCACAAAAGGGCAAAAAUCCAGUAUGAAAAAGAUGUGCGCUUCAAGGUCUUGAACAACAACCACCUGCAGAUAAGAGGAAUCAAAAAGACAGAUGAAGGCGUGUACACCUGCGAGGGGCGUAUUAUGGCCAGGGGCGAGAUCGACUUCCGUGCAAUCAGGGUGGUAGUGAACGUUCUCCCCACCAUCAGAGUUCGUCAAGCUGAAGUGAAUGCCACAGCUGACUUGGGCCACUCAGCAAUGCUGGCCUGUGAUGCGGACGGCUUCCCUGAGCCUACCGUCACGUGGACACGUUCUCCCAGGAGCGACGUUCUGCUGGAGAGCGGGGAUAAGUAUGGCUUCAAUGAGGACGGCUCUGAGAUGACUAUAAUGAAUGUGAAGAAGUUGGACGAGGGAGACUAUACCUGCAUUGCCAGGAACAAAGCUGGGAAAACUGAAGAAGAAGUCAGCCUCAGAGUCUUUGUCAAACCCAGAAUCACAUAUUUGGAGAACCACACUACCACAGAGAUGGAGGAGCAGAUCACGUUGACGUGUGAAGCCACGGGAGACCCCACCCCCACCAUCACGUGGAGCUACGGCACACGCGUGUUCACUGAGGGAGAGCAGGAGCAUCUAAAGAGGAUUUAUCAGGCCUCUUGGACGCGGCCCGAACAGCACAAGAGUGCGGAUGGCAGUGUGGUGGUGCGCAGCGAUGCUCGUGUGUCCUCCCUCACCCUGAAGUAUGCCCAGUACACAGACGCGGGACAGUACCUCUGCACGGCCCGCAACGCCGUCGGCGAGAGCUCUCAGCAUAUGUACCUGGAAGUGCGCUACGCCCCCAAAAUCCUAGGCUCAGUUGCGGUCUACACAUGGGAGGGAAACCCGGCCAACAUCAGCUGCGAGAUCCUGGCGCACCCCAGUGAAGUGUCUAUUGUGUGGCUGCGAGAUGGACUCCAGCUGCCCAACGCCAACACCUCCAACAUCAAAAUCUAUAACACUCCCUCCGCCAGCUACCUGGAGGUUAACCCGGACUCCCAGAACGACUUUGGCAGCUACAACUGCACCGCCUCCAACGAGAUUGGGACCGAGUCCAAAGAGUUCAUCCUCAUUCAGGCCGAUGUGCCCUCAGCACCUGUCAUCACUCAGGUGGAGCCCUACUCCAGCACGGCUCAGCUGAUAUUCGAUGAGCCUGAGGCUUCGGGAGGAGUUCCUGUGCUCAAGUACCGCGCCGAGUGGAGAGCUGUGGGCCGGAACAACUGGGUCCAGCGAGUCUACGAGGUCCGAGAAGGCUUGAAAGCAGUCACAAUCACCGGCCUUAAACCAGAAACGCAGUACGAAGCCAAGAUGUCUGCUAUCAAUGGCAAGGGAGAGGGAGAGAGCAGCUCUACAGUUGCCUUCAAGACGGAGCCUGUUCAAGGGGAACCCACCCCUCCUAAACUGGAAGGCACCCUGCAGCCUAAAGGCAAUGCGCUCAGAGUCAACUGGAUAAAACAGGAUGAUGGAGGCUCACCCAUCACUCACUACCUAGUGCGAUACAAAGCCAGAGAGGAAUCGGAGUGGAAGCCAGAGAUUCGGCUGCCCAGCGGGAGCGAGUACGUGCUCCUGAGUGGUCUGGAAUGGGAUACAGAGUAUGACGUGUUUGUGGUGGCUGAAAACCAGCAGGGCAAGUCGCAGCCCGGCACCCUGACCUUCCGCACCUCCUCAGAGCCCGAUGCCACUCCAGACUCCAUGGAGGACGGGGCAGGACUGAACACAGGGGUCAUUGUUGGGAUCCUCAUCUUGGUGUGUGUGCUGCUGCUUCUGGCUGUGGAUGCCACCUGCUGCUUUCUCAACAAGUGUGGCCUCCUCAUGUGUCUCUGUGGCAAGCCUGGGACGGGCUCAAAGGGCAAGGACAUUGAGGCUGGCAAAGCCGCAUUUGUUAAGGACGAGUCCAAAGAGCCUAUUGUGGAAGUGAGGACUGAGGACGGGCUCACGGCCAAUCACGAUGCAGGAGGGCACUCCGAGCCCAAUGAGACCACGCCCCUGACAGAACCAGAGCGACUGGCCGAAGCUGCGGCCACUGUGGUGGACUUGCCUCUGUCCGUGGCCACUAACUCAGACACGGCCACUGACACCUUUGACCUUAGCCAGAGCAGCCCUGUUAGCGAGAGCACCACUCUAACGUCCAGUAUUACAGCUCCUCUCCCCGACCCCAAACCUGCCACUGCCACAGGCCCCGAGACCAGCACCCCUAAGAGCUCCUCCCAGCCACUAGCCAACUCCCUGCUGUCCUCUGAUGCUCAAUUGGUGGACCUAGCUGAGCCUGUCCAAACCGAAGCCCCUCCCACUGUUCGUCAAGACGCUCAUAUUACUUCUCCGGCGUUCGCUACCCAGGAGCCUCCUGCUCUUAGCACAGAGAAGUCAUCCAAAGAACCAGAGAAAGAGCCACAGCUGAACAGCUUCUUACAGAAUUUACACGAGCCCGUCCCGCUGUUUGCUAGCCCCCAAAUUGUCCCCUCAGUGAACCAUGAGCUCCAGCUAGAUGGAGGCACCCCCCAGGCUUCAGAAACACAUCUCCCCCAGGAUGGCUCACACGCUCUGGGCACAGCUGGCUCCAGCGGCCCAUCUGCUCCAAAGAACGAGAAAAUCUCAGAGGAGGAGAAGAGCAGGUCUGAAGAAGAAGAAGAGCUGAAGAAGCUCCAGCCCGAAGCAAUGGCACCGAACGCUAUCUCGCAAACAAACGAUCUGGAGAGCAUGGCAUGAUCCGGCAGGCCUGCAGGAAGAAGAGGCAGCGUCGCGAUGAACAUGAAAAGUGUUCAUUCUACAGUGCCCUUAAUGAAGCUUUUUUUUGUCUUUCGAACAAAUUGUGUCAGAAGCUUAAGACUGGAGUCAGGUGUACAUAAUGUAUGUAUGCCUUUUUCCAUUUCUCGUUCAUUUCCGUUAACGAAACCUCAAGAAAUUGCUGUUGCUCUUUUAUGAGUUCAUCGCGACAGUUUGUAUUACGUUCAAGCUCCCCAAUAUUUCUCAAGAGGGUGUUUUUAAAGAAAACAAAAAAAAAAACUGGGCAUUCAGGAGAAUUUACAGCACAUAUUCAGUGACACUCAAGACAUUAUUUUAUUUUUAUUUACUUAUUACAUUGUUGAAAUGUAAAUGGUUGCUCCUAUUUUUUUAUCUUAAGUCUUUGGAGGGCUAGUCUUGUUAAAUAGUUUGAUUGUAUAUUUUAUUUACAUUCCGUUUUCUUUCUUACGCGUUUGACGCACUCUCUGUGUUGUAUCUUUAUCAUAUUUAAGCUGACAGAAGUCGAAAGGAAUGAUCUUAUGAACGCCUAUCGUAUGGAGACGACCAGAUGACGCAAGCUGAUAUUCUUCAACGUUUAUUUAAAUUGUUAAUUAUUUUUUUAUUAUUGUAAUCGUUCACAAUGCUUUUCCAAGAGCUGGGGUUUUAACAACUAUUAGCGCUGUUCUUCUGUUCCUCAAACCCUGCUUGUAAAGCGCUGAAUCAGACCAUUUUUAUACUGUGUACCUCUGGGAGGGGAGGGGACAAUACAAAGUUUGUAUUACACUGUUGAUCGCAAGCUUGUGCACUGUGAUUGUGUAUUUUAUGAGUUUUGAAAAUAUCUGCAUAGCUUGGUGGUGAUGGGUAGUUGAUUUUCCUUUUACAUAACAUGAUGUAAAUUGAUAGCUAACAUUGGCCUGUCUAGAACAGGAUCGGCAAAGACACUUCUAUUACUCUAUAAAGUGUUCUUACUUCACCUUUCAUUGCAUGACCGUCUGCUUGCCCGCCGCUGACGUUCAAGGAAGAGUGUAGGUGACAGUUGGCAGGUCCGAAUUGUACGUGCAUGCCCAGAGCUCUGUGUAAGCCUGUAUGUGGGCUUGUGACCAGAUCAUUGAAUUGAUUGUUUUUUUGGUGUUCAGAGUGAUAAACUUUUUGUCCAGCAGCAAGACAUUCAGACUCUGGGUUACAAAGAGGAAUGUUCCCAAAUUAUGCUUGUACAACCACUAUAUUCUCAGUCAGUCUAACUCAGCAGUUGUACCUUGUAUCUCUGGGACGGAUUCAUGUGGUGAAAAAUGAAGGUGAAGGACAGCUGUGCUUUAAUUUGUUAAGCGUCAAAAGAACAUGUCAUAAGUUGUGUUGUUCUAACACAUUUUGAUUAAACUAAUUGAAACAAAAAG